UGAGCGGUGGGAUUACGGCUCUCGGGCGGUAGUUCACGUACAGCUGAUUUGCAACCCGCCGAAGCAACAGCAGAGAAGGAGGAAAAAUGUCGCUGGCUUCGACGCGGACCGUUCUAGGAUCAGUGUCCUUUUAGGAAAAGUCAGACGGCAAUUCGAAUGAAACUUCUGCUGUGGUGUUGCCAUGAGUGAUUACAAGCUACAAAGAAAGUGAAAUGUUCUAACAGUUUCAUUGUGGGAGGUUUUACCGUGACUAUAGAUAGAGAGUCUGUUUACGUUCCCCUUUUAUCAGGGCAGCUUUAACCAUAACUGUUUCUGAACAUAGGAGUAUACUGUAACACUACAUGGGCCUCUAAAGGAACCUGAUCUGAUAAUUAAACCCUCUUGAGCCUCCUCCCUCAACUAGAAAGAUAAAAUUUCAGUGAAGAUGGACCCAUCUACUAGGAUGGUGGGUUUGGAUGCCCAGGGGAACAUGGUUUUCACAGUGGUAAAACCAGUUAUGGGCAUCUUUCAGGUGUCUUCAGAGCAAACAGGUAGUGUUGCCCAAGGGGGAAUUGGGCUGCAGGGUUUGUCUGAAAACACCUUGAUCCUCCCUCAAACACAUGGCCAGGCUCCGCUAGAACAGAACCAGGUGGAAAUGCACACUGUACAGCCUCACAUUCAGGCCCAGAUGCAGGUUUCUGCCCCAGUCCAGGCUGAGGAUGUGUCCCAGAAUCAGGACCCACCACCAAACUCAAGCACAAAUUCAGAGUCUGCAACCAAUAUGCCUUUUGCAGAGGUGUCAUCACUCCUGGAUCCCAACAUGAAAGGAUCUAAGGCUCGGAAGUAUCUCAUCUCGUAUGAUGAAAUUAAACGUCGCCUGCAGGCCCCGGAGAAGAUGUCCCUGCGCUCUUUGGCAGCCUACACUCGGGUCAGCAGAGGCCCGGCCAGCAAGAAAACACUACUUGAGUCACUCAAUGUACUCGGCCUCACGCCAAGCACAACUACCUCUGUAUCCUCCUCCUUCUCCAAACUCACUGAAGGCGACACAGGAGCUUUGUGUAACGAUAUGAAGGACUUUGCCCAUGACUACAUUGACUACAGCAACAUGGCUAAACAGCUCAUCCCCGACACAAAUACAGUUCAACACUGGUCCAAAAUUAUUGAAACAAAGAACCACCUUGAGGAUAUGAGAAAAUGUUUCAAGGACCCAGUCAAUAGCGGCGCAUUUGACAACGUCACUCAUGGUCUGGGUCUGGGAAUGUUGAACGUUGCACUGGACAUGGUCGUUAUGGUAAUUGAACAGCAGAUUCGGAUCCUGUCUGGCGCAGCUGCAUCAGAUCCAGCUGACUCUGGUCCGCCAAUGCGGCGUAUUCGCAGGCGCCACCGCAAAACCUGCUCAACUGACCAUGAGAAGUCUGUCAAGGGGCCUGGGGGGGUCAAUGAGCAAGGGAAGGUCAUUUCAAAAGGCAAGGGGCGAGGCAGAGUCAGGAAGAAGAUAAGGCAGGAAACUGGAGCUGCUGGUCCUGUGGAAACCCAUGCAGAGCAGUGCAAGCCAGAUGACGUGGAGAGUAAUGUACUUACCCUGGUUUCUGUUGGAUAUGAGACUGUUUCCAGUGGCCUCAAUGUAGCUGGAACUGUUUGACACCUGGUCAAAUGAUAGGUUUAAAGAACCAAACAUAGUCCCUUUCAAAGGGCUACUGAGUGAUGGCACACAGUCUCUGCGCAAGUUGCUGGGUUGAGCUCCUGUGAAGGAGAUCACACUUGUGGGGAGCUCAACAUCAAGGUAUAAAGUCACAUGUUCAAGUCCAAUUUAAAGGAAUAGUUCGACAUUUUGGGAAAUAACACGUACUAGCUUUCUUACCACGUGAGAUGAGAAGAUGGAUAUUACAAAAUACAACUGUCAAAAAAACAACAUAGAAUGUGUGCAUUUGUGAGCUUCAGAGGUGCUGGUACUACAGCCUGAUCGAUAAAUUGGUGUGCCAAUAUUAAUGGCUGAGAUGAGCUAAUUGCAGAUAAAUCAGUGUCGGUGUUAUAACAGCUAAUUACAAAAAGUAACAGAAGACGGAUCCUUCAAUCAUGUAUUAAGUUAUCAUUGCAUAGUUAUUCCACCAGAGGGCACUUUGCAAUCUGCUGUUGGGAGUUUGGAAAGCCACAAAUCCACCACCCUGUACUUUUGUUCAGUACUAUUUUUUAAAAGACAUUUUUGGCCUUCAUUUCCGAUAGGACAGCUGGAAGAGAGACAGGAAAUGAGGGAGGGAGAGAGAGUCAGAGAGGAGAUGAUAACCAGCAAAGGGCUGCGGACUGGACUCGAACCAGGGCCAUUAAUAGAAGGAUAUGGAGCGUUUGCUCUACCAAGUGAGCUAACUGGAACCCCUCAUAACAACUUAAAAAAAAUUUGUUAAGUCAUGUUAUGUUGGUGAGGUCUCAUAACUACACAUAACAAAUGUUAGUAUAGCCUUUGUGUAUUUUAUAUCGACCAAUAAAUCAGAGUAACAAAUUUUAAAAUCCUCAAAUAUCAAAAUCAGUAUCUGCCAUAAAAGGCCCAUAUCGGUCAGACUCUACUUCGGACACAUCAACGCUAACUGUUUCCUCGUGUUUCCAGACUUUAAGCUAAGCUAACUGGUUGCUGCUACACAUUUGCCUUACAGAAAUAAGAGUGGUAUCAAUCUUCUCGUCUUACUCUUGGCAAUAAGGCAAUAAAGCAAUUAAGCGCGUUUCCCAAAAUGUCAAAGUAUUUGUUAAAGUGAAUUCUCUGUUUCUUUAGUAGCAGAUUUUGUAUGAAUGUAGUAUAACUGAAUCCAACCAUAUAUUAUUUUUGUAUGCUAUCAGUGAGCAGAUAAAAUCCCCACGGUAUGUAUAAAUUUAAACAUGUUGAACACUGAGAAAACCUGUCCAUGCACAGGUACAGUCCAUAAUGUAGAACAGCUAAUAUCAGAGGUCUGUGUUAUAUCUUUUACUGGUGGUACAAUGUCUCCUGUUUUCCUGUUGUAUUUAUUGUUUAGAUUUCCAGUUAAACAUCUAACGUUCUGUACUAGAUUGUUGAAAUGUCUGUUACUGCAAGAGUUGAGUAAAAUAUAACGAUUUAAUUUUUAACUACA